GAAAGAGGUAAACACUGACCAAGUUCUAAGUUUCUGGCCUAUUGCAAUUUUGACCGCUCGUUCAUUGCUUUAUACAGUGUGCGGCCGAAAAAUCUCCCAUAUUUUACAUGGACAUUGGUGUGGUGCCAGUGAAGUUAGACGGAUAACAAUGACGUCUUCGUAUAACUAACGUUUUACCCUUUCUUUACCCCCAUCACAUUUUGGUUUGGUGUGUGUUAUACAUUUGCUGCUAAAAGUUUUGUCAAGACUAGUGAAUUGCAGUAUUUUUGUCGCACCCUUUAUAUUCCACCAAUAUAAAUAGCCAAAUAUUAUUCGGUACAAAACGUUUUGCACUCGCAGCACACCGACAUCAUUUUGAGAAGGAAAACACCAAGUUCCUUAUAAUUCCAUUUUUGACCAAUCGUUCCACUAUUAUAUUUGUAUAUUCUACCACAUAAAUAGCUUAAUUCUAUUUGGCGCAGCUUAAAAGCUUUGCAUUCACUGACAUUGUUUUGAGAAGGAAGAAAACACCAACAAAUUUCAAAAUCCCUGACGUAUUUACAAUUUUGGCCACUCGUUCCCUGUGUUAUUCAUACUUUCUUUAUUUUUAUAUUCCACCACAUAAAUAGCCUAAUUCCAUUUGGCACAGUAUAUAACAGGCUUCGUGCUCUUACAGCAGCAGGCUGACAUCAUUUGGAGAAGGAAGAGAGCAGCGAUAAACAGUCUAAGUUGGUUUCACAACUGGCAUUCCUCUGUCCCACCCACUGACUGCGCCUCCCACGCGCACCAAAAAGCGCCUCACUUUGGCGAGAGCGAACCUGACCGACAAGAUGGCUCACACCAACCCAACUCCAACCAAAAAGAAAGAGGAAUCUUUCUUCGAUAAAAUAGGAACUUUAACAUCAAAAAAGAAGACUAAAGAAGUAAAUGAACUUGUGCAGGAAGGUAAAGAUGCUAUUGAAUGCCGGUCUAAUUUGUCCAACCUCACUAUCGAUCCAGAAGGUUAUAAACUAGAGGAAAAUGAGGAACGUUCUAUGGUGGAUCCAAGUUCUCGAGAAGAUUACAAAGUAAAGGAACUGAUGAAUAUUUUACUUGGUUGGAUUAAUGAUGAACUUGCUAAUCAAAGAAUUAUUGUCAAAGAUGUUGAAGAAGAUUUGUUUGAUGGCCAAAUUCUUCAGAAACUGAUAGAAAAACUAGCCAACAUCAAAAUUCAGGUUCCUGAAGUGACUCAGUCAGAAAUCGGUCAGAAACAUAAAUUACGCAUUGUUCUUGAUGUUCUUAAUAAUGAAAUCUUUCAGAUUGAUCCUGCCAAUCAUGAUGAACUUCAUUGGAGUGUUGAUAGUAUCCACUCUAAGAAUCUGGCUGCUAUUCUUCAUCUGCUUGUUGCAUUGGCUCGAUUCUUUCAUGCUCCCAUCCGUCUUCCUGAUAAUGUUGCUGUCACAGUUUUAGUGGUUCAAAAAUGUGGAAAGGCGCUGAAUACCAGGAAAGUGAAAGUUGAAAUUACGAGUUCCCAUGAAGAACAACUAGAUGAUGGGGAUAUGGGAGCCAGAAUUGGCCAUGUCCGUGAUGCUUUUGAUACUCUUUUGGAUCACGCCCCUGAGAAGUUGAAUCUUGUCAAAAAGACUCUGAUCUCUUUUGUCAACAAACAUCUGAUAAAGGUCAAUCUAGAAGUCACAGAUCUGGAAAAACAGUUUCAUGAUGGAUUCUACCUUAUUCUACUGAUGGGACUCCUGGAAGGAUAUUUUGUAUCUCUUGGUUCUAUUCACCAAACUGCUACGACCUUUGAGGAAAAGGUGCACAAUGUGCAAUUUGCCUUUGAAUUAAUGCAAGAUGCCGGUCUACAGAAACCAUCAGCAAGAGUUGAAGACAUUGUCAAUUGUGACCUGAUAGCAACAUUGCGUGUCUUAUAUGACAUCUUCACCAAGUACAAGUCAGUAGCGAGUACUUCGUCUUGAAAAUUCAAACCUGCCAAAGCAAAAAAUCAAAACCUCUAUCUCUCUACCAACAGUUGCCUUCUACUAUUUAUUUCCUAUUUAACAUCUCUUUAUCUUUCAAUUGAAGAUUAGACAUACACAUUUUAUUUUAUAUAGAUGUCAAGUUAUAAAAACAAUUUAUUAAACUGAAGGACUUACUCAGUACUUUUUUUUUAGAAAACAUGUUUUACAAGGAAACAAAAGGCUUGACAAGUGACUUCAAAGUUGCUACCAUUGCUUUACCAUUGCUUUACCAUUGCUUUACCAUUGUCAAAGGUGAGCAAACCAAAACUUUGAAGUAGUUGGCUUUUUCCUUGUAAAACGAAAAUAUAUAUACACAUACACGCCGCCGCCCCAGUCAUACUGUUUUCUUUUACUUUCAAAUAAUAUUCAUAUAUAUCAGUCUUUUAUGUCCCUGAAAACAAUAGUUUCAGUUAAUCUACAAUGUUGCAUGAUGUUUUGGUAGAAUUCCUACACGCUUUGAUAAUUUUCUUUGGCCUUCAUUUGAUUUCACUGGGUUAUUACAUUAGACAUCAAAAGCACUGCCUUAAAUCUGCAUCGACACAUACCUUACUUGCAUGUGCACCCCUUCUAUGUAAAUAGUUACCCAAAAACUUGACAUCUUUUGCUGAAAGUAAACUUAUUGUCUUUAAAACAAAUUAAUAAGAUAUUAAUUAAUGGAAAAAGUGAAACCAAAUACAAAAUAAUUACAAAAACUAUAUUUUCUUUUCUAUUGUAAAAAUAAAAUCAUUUUAAAUCUA